AUGGAUACUUAUCCGCCCCAGCAGACGGCCGCGUCCUCGUCCGCUGGCCAGCCGAAUGUGCUCACGGACGCAGAGCUGGUGGAUCCACUGCCCAGGAAGAUACAGAGCACGGUGAAUGCGCGCCUGAAGCACGAUCUGUUCGUGUGCUGCGUGCUGGCCGUGAUCUAUCUCGGGUUGCACUACAGCACGGUGUUCACGGUGCUGCAGCCGGACCUCAAUCCCGUGCUGCACACGAUCGCCGGCGUCCUGGGCCUGGUGCUGCAUUAUCUGCUGCCGCAGAUGCGCAAGCACUGGCCGUGGCUGUGCAUGUCGCUGCCGAUUCUGCGUCAGCACGAGUUUGGGCAGUUUGAGCCGCGCGGCGCGGCCAAAGUGAUGUGGUUUGAGAAGUUUAUCGUCUAUCUGUGCAUGCUGGAGAGGAAUGUGCUGUAUCCCAUUGUCUUCAUCGGCGCCCAAACGUCUGACUCUGUGCGAAUUGUGGGCAAGUUUGGCAUUUCGCUGGGCACUGUUUUUGUAGUGAUUUGCGGACUGAAGUGUGUUCGAAGCUCUUUCUCCGAUCCAGCAAGUCAAUACUUGAUCCUCAUCUUCUCAGUGCUCUUCUUUCGAUUACAUUCUUUUGAUUACAUUGCCUGCAGUGAAACUUUCCUCAUCAACUACUUCUUCGUUUCCAUUCUGUAUAAGAAAACGUGCGAUUUUCUUCUUAAGGUGCAAUUUAUCGUGACUUACAUUGCUCCGUGGCAAAUCACGUGGGGUUCAGCAUUUCAUGCCUUUGCUCAGCCCUUCAGUGUGCCACACUCGGCGAUGCUCUUCGUGCAGGCGGGCGUCAGUGCGCUCCUGUCCACGCCACUCAAUCCCUUCCUGGGCAGUGCAAUCUUCCUCACGUCCUACGUGCGACCGAUUAAGUUCUGGGAGCAUGACUACAACACGCGUCGCAUUGAUCACUCCAACACGCGCCUCAGUUUGCAGCUGGAGCGCGAUUUGGGCUCGGAUAACAAUCUCUACAGCAUCUUCUACGAGCAUCUCACCAGAUCGCUGCAGCACUCGCUCUGCGGCGAUCUGCUGCUGGGCAGGUGGGGAAAUGUGAGUCAGGGUGAUUGCUUCGUGCUGGCGUCGGACUAUCUCAACUGUCUUUUUCACAUCAUCGAGCUGGGCAACGGGCUGUGCACCUUCCAGAUGCGCGGCCUGGAGUUCAGGGGCACAUACUGCCAGCAGCGCGAAGUGGAGGCGAUCCCUGAGGGUGUGGAAGAGAACAGAGACUGUUGCUGUUGCUCUCCUGGUCAUCUGCCCUUCAUACUCAGCGUCAAUGCCAUGUUCUCAACACGUUGGCUGGUGUGGCAAGUUGUGGCGGCACAGUAUAUUCUCGAAGGAUACUCAAUAUCUGACAAUUCGGCUGUGGCGACGCUCCAAGUCUUCGAGUUCCGGCGAGUUCUCAUCACGUAUUAUGUGAAGAGCAUAAUCUACUACACAAUUCAGUCGCAGAAGCUGGACGAGUGGCUAAAUUCGCAGGCAAUUCAGGAAGCGCUGCAGAGCACAACAGAGCGACAAUAUGUGGACUUGGAUCCUGUGUUCUAUCACAAUCUGGAUGAGAAUUAUGACUUCCGGUCGUCGGGCAUCACGCGGAAUAGCUUCUGCAGCGUGUAUCUCGGGUGGAUUCAGUAUUGCUACAAGCAGAAAAGGAAGAGAGAGGCAAGCAGAGAUUCGGCGCUGGUGUCUCUCUGUCUGGCGCUGGGCAUUCUGGCGCGAAGGACUCUCGCCACGGCCAGUCACAGUUCCUCCAGCGGCGUGGAGUUCUUCCUGCACGGCCUGCAUGCGCUCUUCAAGGGUGAUUUCCGCAUCACGUCGCACAGAGACGAGUGGGUGUUCGCCGACAUGGAUCUGCUGCAGAGUGUCGUGGCACCGGCGCUGCGAAUGUCGCUGAAACUGCAUCAGGAUCACUUUCAGAACCCUGAUGAUUACGAGGACAAGGCGGCGCUGUACGAGGCCAUCAGUAUUCACACGCAAGGGCUGGUGAUCUCGCACGAGGCGGACCCGCUGUGGCGCAACGCCGUGCUGCGUGGCGUGCCAAAUCUGCUGGCGCUGCGACACGUGAGAGAUGGAUCGGAUGAGUAUCGCGUGAUUAUACUGGCGAAGCGCUAUCUCAGCUUCAGGGUGAUCAAGCUGAACAGGGAGUGUGUUCGUGGAUUGUGGGCUGGACAGCAGCAGGAGCUGAUCUAUCUGAGGAACAGGAAUCCGGAGCGUGGCAGUAUUCAGAAUGCGAAACAGGCGCUGAGGAAUAUCAUCAAUUCCUCGUGUGAUCAGCCGAUCGGCUAUCCGAUCUACGUGUCUCCGCUCACGACAUCGUAUGCGGAGACGAAUGAGCAGCUGUGCAGCAUCGCCGGCGGCUCUGUGAGUGUGAAGAAGAUCCGAAAUCUCGUGCUGGACGUGUGGAGUCGCGUGCGACAGCGCUGUCGCGAAGGCUGCAGCAGUGGCAGCGCCAUUGACAGCGACAUGGGAGACAUCCAGGGAGUGUACUACAAUGCCCAGGUGCCGCACAGUGUCACCACGAUUGGCGGCGUGGGCAUCAGCAGCGGCGGCAGCGGCACAUUGGCCUAUGGCAGUCAGAAUCUGUCCGUGAGCGGCGCCACGACGCGCGGCAGUUUCGCCAGCAUGGGAAAGCUCACGAGUUCCACUCUGCUGGCGGGAAUUCUCAACAGGGAUCGCGACAUGGAGCGCGAAGCCGUCCGGAGUGGCGCCAAGCGAGCGUCCAGUCAGUCCAGGAUCAGUGAGCGAGAGCGUCGCGCCACACUGCCGGCCACGUCUUCCUCGUCGUCCAGCACGCGUGAUGUGUGCAGCAAGGAGAUGCUGAUGGGCAGCACAAACUCGUGUCUGAAGCAUCAGGAAUCGAUGGACUUUGGCGCGACCAAGAGUGCCAAUCUCAACACGCGGAAGAGCAACAGUCACUGUCCGUGGAGUCGCGCGAGAUUCGCCACUUCUUCAAUCAAACUCGGCAGCAGCUCAUCCGCAAGGAUGUAA